AUGGUUUCUGUUAAGAGUUUUCAUCCUUGCUUCAUAGGUUAUCCGAAUGAGCAUGUCUCAGUGAAGUUCACGCAUUUCAAUCUGUACGUGCCGGAAAGUAAGAACUUGACAAGAAGGUGCGCCGACGUCGACCAUCUCACAGCGGAUGUACGAGUUGGAGCUCGUCUAUCGCGAAUCGAUGAGUGGUGCGGGGAUCGAACACCACCACAGUUAAUGAGCAGUACAAAUCUGCUGCAGCUCGAAUACACCACGAAGUCUUCACGAGCCCUACGCGAAAGUGCAAAGAACGAUAUUGGAUGCCGAUUCAUUUUCAACUCGUCUGUACAGUCAAGUGGGAAGCUGUGGUCGGUCAAUUACCCAGGUCUCUAUCCUCGAUCUCUCUACUGCGAGUACAUUUUUCAUGGCAGUGAAGAGCAGACCGUUCACAUUCACUUCGAGUAUUUCGACGUUGAAGGCUUCAACCAAUGCGAUGAGACUACACAGAGCGACUUCGUCUUAUUUAGCAAUUACCAAACACAUGAUCGCACAAAUCGCCGAUUUUGUGGUAAGGCUGCACCGCGAGGACCAAUUCUUUCUGAAUCUAACUACUUCAGAAUGAUUUUUGCAACUAACGACAUCUUCGACGCAACCGGAUUCUAUGCUCACUACCAGUUUAUCACUCAACGUCAGUCGAAGAAAAAGGCACAGAUCAGUCGGGUGAAGCUAACGACAUCAUCACCUUCAUCAGUGCAUCGGAUGCCUCUUUUCUUCAUUUUAAUUGCUUUCCUAUUGAUAACACUACAAUAUCAUUAG